AUGAGAAUAUCACCAAAACAAUUAAGAACUGGGUUCAUCCUACUGGUGACUAUAACAAUCACUUCAGUAUUAAUGUUUCAUCAUUAUGAUGAUGUUUCUGAAAUUACUCAAGGUUUGAAUAAUACUUGGAAAGAUACAAAUUUUACUUCAAUAACUUCAAAUUUGAAAAUACCUAGUUCUAAAGAAUUCAAUGAUCAUCUUGAAGUUGUAGUAACUUCUGAUAAACCUGAACCACAAAUUAAAAUUUCAAAUAAACAUGAAUUAUUCACCACUGUUUAUGAUAUUAUAAAUCAACAUGACCCAAAAUUACCACAUUUUAAUAAAUUCAAAUCUGGUUCUAGGAUACCAACAUUAAGAGCUAAUAAAGAUAAACCAAUAUUCACAAAAGAGUUCUUAUCACAAUUCAUCACAAUAGAUGAUGAUCAAAUUCAACAUAUGCAAACAUUACAUUCUUCAAUAAUUACACAAUUUGGGAACUUAUCAACAACAAAAGAAGUAUACAAAGGAACAGGUAUUGUAUAUGUUGGUGGUGGUAGAUUUAAUUGGUUUGCACUUAUGUCAAUUAAAACUUUAAGAAAUUUAGGCUCUCAAUUACCUAUUGAAGUCCUUAUACCAAAUAUGGGAGAUUAUGAAGAAGAAUUUUGUACAAAGACCUUACCUUCAUUAAAUGCCGAAUGUAAUUAUUUACCAGAUUUAUUAGGUGAAGAUUUAAUAAAUUAUUUUAAAAUUGGUGGAUAUCAAUAUAAAUCAUUAGCUAUCUUGACAUCAAGUUUUGAAAAUAUGCUUUUAUUAGAUGCUGAUAAUUUACCAAUUAGUAUACCUGAUAGACUUUUCGAUUCUGAUGUUUUCCAUGAGAAAGGUUUGGUAUCAUGGCCAGAUUUUUGGAGAAGAUCAACAUCACCAAAUUUUUAUGAAAUUGCAGGUUUAAAAAUUCAAAACCUAACAAAAUCUGGUAACCCUGUUAAUGAAGAAACUUCAUUACAUCAAUUACAAAACACUUUAACAGAUCCAACUUCAGAAUCAGGUCAAUUAUUAAUAAACAAAACUCAACAUUUCCAAACAAUGUUAUUAUCAUUAUACUACAACAUUUUCGGUCCACAAUAUUUUUAUCCAUUAUUAUCACAAGGUGCCGUUGGAGAAGGUGAUAAAGAAACAUUUGUUGCUGCUGCCCUAGCAUCACAAUUAUCAUAUCAUCAAGUGGGGAGAUCUGUUCAUGCCAUAGGUCGUCAUAAAAAAGAUGGUCAUUUUGUAGGAGUAGCAAUGGGUCAAUUUGAUCCAGAGCAAGAUUAUGCAAAUCAUUUAAAUGGGAAAGAACUAAAAGGUCCUAAAAUGAUGUUUGUUCAUGCAAAUUAUUUUAAAUUACAUCCAGAGAUUUUGAGAAGGCAAAAUGCAUUAUUUGAAGGUUCUCAAAGGAUAAGAAUGUUUGGUCCAAUGAAGGGGUUUACUGGGUAUGAUUUUGAAUUGUUUCAAUUUAAAAAUAUGGAGUUUUUGAUUUGUGAAUUUGGGGUAAAGAUGAAUACUUUUAAGAAUGAAAAUAUUACACAAAUUUGUGAUGAAUUGGGUGAUCAUAUUCAAUUUUUGGAAAGAACUCAGGCAUGA